AUGGCGAACCGUCGACGUAGAGUACCUGACGUCAACGUGGCUCCCACGGAGCGUGACCUUCGUGAUGUCGAGAUGGAUGAGCUGAAGAGGCAAGUGCAACAACUCCAACAGCGACUUGAGCAUCUCCAAGCUAGAAACCGUGACGAGACACGUCAUGGUUUGGAUGUUGGCGAGGUUAACCCUUUCCAUGACAAAGAUUCCGAUUUGUCCACUGAAAGAGCUUUUCCUCGACUUGGCUGGAGGAAUCGUUUUGAGGAUUAUGGCGUCAAAGUCGACAUUCCCGACUUUGAAGGUCAAAUGCACCCAGAAGAUUUCAUUGAUUGGUUGGCUAUCGUUGAACGAGUCUUCGACUUCAAGAACAUUUCCGAAGAAAAGAAGGUGAAGUUAGUCGCCAUCAAAUUGGAAAAACAUGCUUCAGUUUGGUGGGAGAACUUGAAGAGGCGUCGAGAACGUGAAGGAAAACGGAGGAUUGUGACGUGGGAAAAGAUGAAACGGGAGCUCAAGAAGAAGUUUCUUCCCGCAAGCUACAAGCAAGAUAUUUUCUCUCGGCUCUACAACUUCAAGCAAGAGGAGUUGACCGUAGAGAAAUACACCGCGGAGUUUGAGCAUCUCAUGAUGAAGUGCGAUAUCGUAGAGCCCGAGGAACAAACCAUUGCUCGGUACCUUGGCGGUCUUCGAUCCGAGAUUCGUAACGUGGUCCAAUUGCAACCUUAUUGGACUUUCGAGGAUGUUUGCAAGCUGGCCAUUCGUGUGGAGAAGCAAUCUAAGGAGAAGAGUACUCAUAAGAUCUUGGGAAGAGACGGGGUCUCUAACCGGGGGAGUGCUCCGACUUCGAAGUCAUCAUCGACUAGUAAGGCUUCUUCUUCCAAGGCUACACCCGCACAAGGUGGCACUUCUCGCAACACUUCAAGCACGAUUUCAAAACAAUGCUUUAAGUGUCGAGGAUUUGGUCACAUCGCUUCCGAGUACCCGAAUCGGAAGAUUAUUUCCUUAGUGGAGGAAGCUAAUGAUGAGCCGGUGUACGACACUUACGACGACGAGGAGAAUGAGGUUGAGCAAGAAAAGGUCACUUAUGGUGAUCAAGGGAAGACUCUCGUCGUUCAACGCAUCUUGAAGUCCGCACAUGUUGAGGACGAUAAGUGGUUGCCACAUAACAUCUUCCACACCCGAUGCACUUCCCAUGGUAAAGUGUGCACGGUCAUUAUCGAUAGUGGGAGUUGUGAGAAUGUCAUUUCCACUACCAUGGUGGAAAAGUUGCACCUCAAGGUGGAGCCUCAUCCGGAUCCAUACAAGCUCUCUUGGCUCAAGAAAGGUAACGACGUUCACGUCAAUAAACGUUGCUUGGUACAAUUCUCUAUUGGCACGCAUUAUAAGGAUGAGAUUAUGUGCGAUGUGGCUCCCAUGGAUGCGUGUCAUUUACUUCUUGGACGGCCGUGGUUAUAUGAUCGAAGGGUGAUUUAUGAUGGCUUUAAGAACACCUACUCCUUUGUCAAGGAAGGUGUCAAGAUUAUUCUAGCACCUUGUAGAAUGGAUAACAAGUCUAACGCCGUCAUGGGAGAAGGGAGCUUUUAUCUCUCCAAAUCCCAAUUUCUCCAAGUCAUGGAUCGUUUUUCGAAGGCUUAUGCACUCGUGCUCUUGGAGGAGAAUGAAGAACGAGGGGAUAUUCCACCCGUAGUGAAGUCUUUGCUUGAAGAAUUUCGGGAUGUGGUGCCCGAUGAGAUUCCGUCGGGACUUCCUCCCAUGCGGGAUAUGCAGCAUCAUAUUGGUUUGGUGCCCGAGGUUGCUAUACCAAGUAAGGCAGCGUAUCGAAUGAGUCCAAAGGAACAUGAGGAGCUUCAAUGUCAAGUCGACGAACUUUUGCAUAAGGGGUUGAUUCGGGAAAGUUUGAGCCCUUGUGCGGUUCCCGCUCUUCUCGUGCCAAAGAAGGAUGGAUCUUGGAGGAUGUGCAUUGAUAGUCGGGCUGUGAAUAAGAUCACCAUCAAGUAUCGCUUUCCAAUACCGCGACUUGAUGAUUUGCUUGAUCAACUUCAUGGAGCUUCGGUCUUUUCCAAAAUCGACCUUAGGAGCGAAUAUCAUCAAAUUCGAAUGCAUCCCGGAGACGAGUGGAAAACGGCAUUCAAGACGAGAUAUGGUCUCUACGAGUAG